CCUUUCUAAGGCAUACCGGUAGUUACAACGCUGUCUACUGUGUGUUAAAAUUACUCAGUUUAUAAAGCCGGUCCUCGUCACCAAAACUUAUACUUUAUUACGGGAAAUAUGUCAGUUACCCCAGAUCUGAUACGUGAAAAACUGAUUGCGGAGAUUGGUGCGAUACACGUGGAUGUAGAAGACACGUCUCCUAAUAGAUGUGCUGCCAGUUUUAAAGUUCUUGUAGUAUCUCCUCAGUUUGAAGGGAAACCAUUGUUGCAGAGACACAGGAUGGUGAAUAAUUGCCUUGCCGAGGAACUGAAAGAGAUCCAUGCAUUUGAGCAGAAAACAUUGACACCAGAGCAGUGGGAGAAAAAGAAAGCACAAUGACACAUGCAGACACACACACACAGACAUGCACAAAACUCAUUUAUGCAGCCAUCAAAUAAAACAGCAGUGACUUUUUUUUUUAUUUGUUGAUAUUUCCAUCUUUCCUCCCAAAGAAUAAUAAUACAAAUGUAAUGGAAAGCAGUUGAGUUGGUUUUAUGGGGUAAUUACGCUUCAGGUUUAACUGUCACUAAUGCAUAACAUCUUGUGCAAAUGAUUUAAAUACAUUAUGUGCCCUUUGAAAUUGUAGUAUGCUGACAAUAAAGAACAUUAAUGGACA